GUGGAUGAGAGGGGAGAGGAAGCGGUAGCCGCCACCCUGCCGGCUGCAGCUGGGCAGAAAACGCCCUUCUUCCUUUCUUAUCUCAUAGCUUCUCUCUCUCUGUCUGACUGUUCUUUCUCGCUUUCCGAAAUAAUUUCCGGUUAUUCCGGGAGCAGAAUCUGAUUACAUCUUCUUUCCUCACCGAAGUUCGAACCUGGAGUUCUGGUUGAGGUUUUUUCUCCUGCUCUGGGAGAAAGUUCACCGUUUGGAUCUUACUCGGCCGGCUGUAGACUUGAAGUUUCUGGGAUCCCGAUUUUCCCCUUUUCCGGUUUUGGGGGGAUUCCUUUUGAGUCUGCUGAGGUUGGGAUCUGGAUCUCAGGGGUUGGGGAUUGGCUGUCUGUUGAUUGACUGAGGAAAAGGUGGGGGAGGAAAAUGCAGAGACAGCUGCCAACACGUGUGAUGGAGAGAUCGAGCUCAAUGAGGAGGGAAAAGAGGGCGUUGGAGCCCGCGGCGGGGACGGUGGCGGAGGGCGAGGCGCGGCCGCCAGAGGAGAAGCGGCAAAAAGUCCCCGCUCUCGCCAGCGUUAUAGUGGAAGCUCUGAAGGUGGACAGCUUACAGAAACUUUGCUCAUCUUUGGAGCCUAUUCUUCGUAGAGUUGUUAGUGAAGAAGUGGAACGUGCUUUAGCAAAACUGGGCCCUGCCAGGAUCGGUGGAAGGCCCACACCAAAGCAGAUAGAAGGACCAAGUGGACAAAACCUGCAGUUACACUUUCGCUCAACGCUAUCUCUACCGCUUUUCACUGGGGGAAAGGUCGAAGGGGAGCAAGGCUCAGCAGUCCAUGUGGUGUUAAUGGAUGCAGUAACAGGUCAAGUUGUAACAUCAGGCCCAGAAUCAUCUAUCAAGCUAGAUAUUGUUGUGCUUGAAGGGGACUUCAACAAUGAAAAUGAUGAUGACUGGACCGAAGAAGAGUUUGAAAGCCAUGUUGUAAAGGAACGUGAAGGUAAGAGGCCACUUCUGACUGGAGAUUUGCAGGUGACUUUGAAAGAAGGAGUUGGCACGCUUGGAGAGCUUACAUUUACAGAUAACUCAAGCUGGAUACGUAGUAGGAAAUUCAGGCUUGGUCUCAAGGUUGCUUCUGGCUACUGUGAGGGAAUUCGUAUCCGUGAAGCCAAAACAGAGGCAUUUACGGUUAAGGACCAUAGAGGGGAAUUGUACAAGAAGCAUUAUCCACCAGCAUUUAACGAUGAGGUUUGGAGACUGGAGAAAAUAGGAAAGGAUGGUUCAUUUCAUAAGAAAUUGACUAAAGCGGGAAUUUUUACAGUUGAGGACUUCCUGCGGCUUGUUGCAAGGGAUCCACAAAGACUGCGGAAUAUCCUUGGAAGUGGUAUGUCCAAUAAGAUGUGGGAAAUUACAGUGGAGCAUGCAAAAACUUGUCUGCUUAGUGGAAAGCUUUAUGUGUACUAUACUGAUGAUUCACAGAGCAUUGGAGUGGUUUUCAACAACAUUUAUGAAUUGUAUGGUCUUAUUUCUGGUGAACAAUACUAUUCAGCAGAGUCCCUCUCUGAUGAACAGAAGGUAUAUGUGGAUACAUUGGUGACAAAAGCGUAUGAUAAUUGGACACGUGUAAUAGAAUAUGAUGGGAAAGCACUGCUGAACUUUAGACAGAACAAAAAGAUGAUUACUACUCGGUCAGAUAGUCGAACUGCUAAUUCUGAAUACCUGGUGCUUGAUCAGCAAACGUCUAUGCAGCAAAUGCCCAUUACAGCUAAUUCUGGACAGAAUGUCAUGCAUCCUGGAACCUGUGUUAGAGGAGAUGCAAGUACAUCUGGGUACAGUGGCAAUCCAUCAGCUCACUACUCAACCAUGUCCCAGCCGCUAAUUGCUAAUAACUUCCAGAUUGACACUGCUGCAUAUUCUGCUGCAAACCAACUUAUGAGUUCUUCCCACCAGGCUGAAGGCGUCCAAACUGGUUCCUUAGUUGGAUUGGCCUUGGGACCUCCGCAGUCUGCUAUGGGUUUUGAAUCUAUCGGGACACCCUUACAAGCAGGAACUAUGAGCUCACUUGAUGAGUGGCCUCGCCAAAGGGACCAGGAUUUCUUUCCUGAAGAGGAGAUCCGAGUGAGAAGCUCAGAAAUGCUUGAGAGUGAAGACAUGCAACAACUGCUCCGGCUCUUCAGCAUGGGAGGAGGUGGCAUGAAUAUGUCGGAUGACCCUUAUUCUACAUACAUUCAAACACCAGCACAGAACUAUGGCUUCAGUCAGAACCACACCCGGUCAUCAGGCAAAGCUGUAGUAGGGUGGCUGAAGCUCAGAGCAGCUUUGCGUUGGGGUAUCUUUAUUAGAAAGAUUGCAGCCGAGAAGCGAGCAAAAAUUGUUGAAUUGGAUGAUUCCUGAUGAAUCGCGAGGCUUCUCCAGCAUGUGGCAUUCAGUAUCAACUGCAAUUCAGUAACGACUGCAAUUGCCGUAACAUGGAAGUGACUUGGGGCGGUAGCCAUGGUUUGGUUGCUUCUGCAAGUUCAGGCGAGCUAGUGUUGACUACUUUCUGGUUGCCUAUGCAAUCCUAUAUGUAAAUGCAUCUGUAAAUUUAAGUAUUUGUUACUAUUUUUUUGCCUAAUUUAGACUGGAUUUCACUAAAAUGCCAUGUAUCAAUCAGCGAUUGAUCCACUUCCUGAUCUUCUCUCUCUUA